AUGCCAUCCAAUGAAUCCUCCUCGCCGGCCAGUAGGCCUACCCAAAAAUCCUCUCGGGCGAGUCCUUCUCCAGGAACCGGACGCAGCAGUCCUUCUAUCGACGGUGACACAAAGAAUGGCCUCUUACGUCUAAACGGCUCAUCCAUGUCCGUAGCGCCUCGAUUACCAACCCCUGUGAACUUAUCCGCGUCCGCGUCAGCGAAUAAUUCCAACACCUCCUCGCGCGAAUCCUCUCCAGUCCGCCUCAGUUCUCGCAUAGUGAGUAGCAACCAUCAGACCACCGCGAACCGCUCUCUCUCGCGACACAACCAUAGUGCAAGCCCCAGCCCCAGUCGUGGCGUCAGUGGCACAGGAACUACCUCCACUCCUACGACCGUCUCCUCAACCCUGUCCCCGGCCGCCGUGCAAAAGGCAUUUGCACAACUCAACAAACCCGACCUACAGCACUCGGCUACUGCCUCCGCUGCUGCUGACAAAAACAUCGAUGUCUCGGAUUCCGAUCGCUCGAGUAUGCCACCGCCUCGCACCUCUAGACGGCGGAGCUCGAUUACCAAUGGCUCAAGGAGUCCUUCACUAAGCAGUAGUACUAAUAAACGGCUGGAAACUACUGCCACUACUACUACAGAGCCCCUCGCCAAUAUAUCAACAAAGAGAUCAUCUGUAAGCCCGGAAGAAGGUCGGGUGUCCCCGGUCAAGACAGCAUAUGAAGAUGGCGAACUCAAUUCUCGUCGUCCAUCCGGAAGGGUCACCGGCCCCCCGGGGACCACGUUAGAGACUGUGCAAGAAUCUAGCGUGCCGUCAACACCCAUAUCGAAGCCAGCGAGUUCCACGCUCAUCGAAAAUGCACAGUUCAAAUCCACCGAUGCUGCCCAACAGGCAGUAGAUAGCGGGAGUGAAAGUGGUGGAAACAAAAGUUCAGAGUCGAAGGAAGAAAAGCGGAGGUCUUCUACUUCCCGACCUUCUGGUGUUAUCCUCCCACAAAAAUCUUUUACCUCGCUCAAUAGCGGCCGAGGAAAACCAAGUGACGGUUCGGUGCGAAAUAUGAUCGUUGAGACUGAAACCGUUAGUUCGAUUCCACAGGUGUCUCUAGGGGUUGGUGCGGGAGAACGGGGCAAUUCAGGUCGCAAUGAUCAAGGGGGAACUGUUAGGAUGAAGCCAAGUGUAGAAACUAUUCGUCCUAAAAAGGAAAAGAAAAAGACCACCCGCAAGCCAACAAAUGUUCCUGGCACCGCGUCCUCAAAAGCCGACAUCUUUGAAGCCAAGGUUGCCAGCGCGAUCGACGAUGCAGAUGUUUCUGACUCUGAUGAAACGUUUGUUUACGAGUCAAAUCCCCCGGAGCCUCUCCCAGGCCGACAUCGCUAUCAUUCGCGAACGCCUAGUGCAACGUCCAUGGCAAGCCAAGCCGAGCAAUUCGCGGGUCGUGCUCGGCUUCCCGGCAGGGAUGCUAACGGCGUAACGGUUAAGCGCAGUAUGAAAUUCACGAAUCACAAUUCUAAUAUUGAUAGUGACAUGGGCGAUAUGGAUCAACGGAGUGUUAGCGGCAGGGGUGAUGCCAAUGGUCAUUCGGGUCGGCACUAUCACAUUGGCCGUCAUGGGAGAGGUGGUGCAUAUCCGUCGCUUUUUGACAGUGAUUCUCCAUUUCCCCAGUCUCAACCACCUCGUUCUCCUCGCCAUUACAUUAGUAGCGGAUUUCGGCAGAGUCGGCGAGGAAACGGCCCACGCGCUCAUCCAAAUUAUCAAACUCUUCGUGGGCCGAAGAGCAUGAGUGAUGAUUAUCCGGAUGACUUUGAUGCUGACGGUGCUGACGACGAGCGGACCCCUUUGGUGAGUUCGAUUCGACAUUCUCGGAAUCGAAAUGGUCGCCGUCCAGGUAGUGCGAGCAUGCGGCAGUUGGAAUAUCUCGAGCAUCGCCAACGAACUUGCUUUUCUCUUUAUGGAGGGUGUAUGGUUGCAUCACUUCUAAUAUUGAUUCUCGUCGGCGGUGCAGCGACAUUCCUUGUUGCCUUAAUGCGGCCUCUAGUUGACGUACAAGUGAUCAAGCUCUCGAAUGUACUUGCUUCAGAGCAAGAAAUUAUGCUAGACGUACGAGUUAGCGCUGUUAACCCCAAUAUCUUUCCCAUCUCCAUCGCGGACAUGGACGUCGAUAUAUUUGCGCGAAGUCGAUAUGUCGGUAGCGACAAGUUUUGGCGCGAACAUGGCUCAGAGUCGUUAGAUUUUCCUCGUAUUGAGCGCAGCAAGCUCCGCGCUAGACUGGCUCAACUGGUUCGAUUACCUUUGUUGGCCGAGUCUGAGGAAGAGCGAGAGUCCCCAUCCCCCGGACUUCACACUUUGGACGGUGUUGAUCACGGCACAGACCCAAUAGACGAUCCGUCCGGUGAUGCUCAGAAGAUGCUACUAGGCAGAGUUUUUAAUUUUGAUUCACCUGUCAUCCUCGAUCCUUCACCCUGGAGGCGCGUUCCCUCCGAUUCUAUUGGAGAAAUACGUCUGACCAAACCAGGAAAUAAGACUGGAGAGGGCGGAACUGAGCGCUGGGAACGAGUCUUGCAGCAUCCUUUCGAGUUGAUCGUCCGUGGCGUUUUCAAAUAUUCGCUGCCGUUAACAUCAAGCGUCCGGUCGGCGUCGAUUAAUGCCAAAGUUCAAGUUCUGCCAGACGAAGAUGGCGCUGGUGACGGCAAUAGCGAUGACGGCAGCAAUCCGAGCACACCUAGUAAUGAUACAGUGGGCAUCAAUGCAAUCGAAGCUGCUCCGGAUCCAGCGAUAGGCGAGCGUUCUAUUCUCGUCAGUCGACAAUCCUGA